AUGCUCUUUGGCUCGCACGCCGGCCGCUCGAUCAAGGGCCACCGUGCCGUCAAGAACGCGUGGCGCACGGAGCCCAUGUUCUGCCACUCUCCUGAGACGUGGGUAGACCUCUGGGACGGUGUCGUCUUUCCCAAAGGCACGGUAAAGGUAGAAGCGCAUUUGAGAAAGUCUAAGCAGCACGAAGAGGAGACGCCUACAGGCGAGGACGGAGCGUGGUCUGGGGUGUUGGUUUGGCUCGAUCGCAUGUCGGACCAACAAGUUGACAUUGAAGGCCAAGGGAUGGCUUCGACGUCAGACGACAGGAGCCCAAAGGAGCAGCAACCCUUGCCUUGGGGAAUCCACUGGAGAUGCUCGUCCUGGUUCGUCACUUUUGUCAUCUGGCUGGGGAUCACGACGGACCUGGUGAUAUACUCCGUCAUCAUACCCAUCAUGCCGUUCCAGCUUGAACAUCUAGGCUAUUCUGACGUCUCGGGCCUUGUCGGAUGGCUCCUCUUCGCCUAUUCCGCCGGUAUCGUUGCAUUUACUCCUCCGAUUGCCGUGCUAUCCGAGCGGUUCAACAAUAGGCAGAUCCCCCUACUGUGCGGACAGCUAGGUAUCGUCGGAGCGCAAAUCCUCCUGAUGGAGGCGUCAAAGUACUGGCUGAUGAUCCUCGCACGCGUGUUCCAGGGCUUCAGCUCGUCCAUCAUAUGGGUAGCAGGCCUAGCACUGAUCUGCGACACGGCACCUGAGAGUUCGGUUGGGCGGCAACUGGGGAUUGCCAUGAGCGGCGCAUCUAUUGGAUCCAUCGUUGGGCCGCCUGUCUCCGGAGAGCUGUACUCUGCCUUUGGAUUCCGCAGCCCUUUCAUCUUCGGUAUCAUACUCACCAUGAUCGACCUGGUUGGUCGGCUGCUGAUUAUCGAACGCAAACACGCACUACGGUGGGGGAUUGAUCCGGCCGCGCCGUCCGUCAGCCCCGAGGCGGUCGUAGAAGCGGUCGCAGAUGCUGCUCCACCGUCAUCUUCCAAAGAGGAAACACCUGAUACAGAGAAAGGAGGUCUUGAACAUGCCGUUACCCCCGUCUCAGAAAGCCCAGCUGUACCCCAUCGGAUAUCCCUCAUAGCAAUGCUAGGGAAGCUCCUCAGAUCCUCCAGAGCGUGGGCAGCAUGCAUCGGAACGUUGAUUUACGGGGUCAUCAUCAGUAGCCAGGAGCCUUCCUUACCGCUAUACUUGCAGGCUGUCUGGAACUUCAACGCUUCAAAAGUGGGCCUCGUGUAUAUCGCAGCGGUCAUACCCACUGUUUUCUCGAGCAUGCUCGCAGGCUGGUUGGUAGACAAGAAGGGGCCGGGCAUUGUCGGAGCCAUCUCCCUCUCCUUUGCCAUUCCCUGGUUUGUCCUUCUCUCCAUACAUAAAUCGCUCGCGUUCUUCAUUGUCGUUCUCGCGCUGGCAUACUUCGGUGUCACAGGAAUGGUGCCCGUAGUCAGCACAGAGCUUGCGAGUGUUUCAAGACGACUGGACGGAGUCGGCCUUGCGCAUGUCUACGGGGCGUUCAAUCUGGCUUACGGGCUAGGCUCAGCCGUGGGCCCUAUCAUUGGCGGUCAAAUGUACGACCGCUUGACCAACGGCUGGACGGCCAUUUGUCUCCUUGCUGUGGGACUAUGUGGAGUUGCGUUACUCUGCGUUGUCUGCCUCGCCGGAGACGUGCCGCUCGUCACAUCGCUGCGACGGACGUUCGUUAGAGGAGCAUUUAGAUGCUGGAGACCAUCCGCAGAUUCGCAUUAG